AUGAAAAUCUCCACUUUAGUCGCAAUCCUUGUGCUAGCUGGAAGUGCGGUUUGUGCGGACGAAGAUAAUUUGAACACCGAAAAUGUCCAGAGUAUAGAAGAGGAUUGUCAGAAAGAAACAGGGGUUUCUGAUGAAUCACUUCAAGAACUAAGCGAAACGGGGGAUUCUGACGAUCCCCUUGUGAAAAAGAAUGCACUUUGCAUACUAAAAGCUUAUGGAGUUAUUGAUGACCAGGGAGAAAUUUCUGAAGAUAAAUUAGAAGAAAAGUUAGAGCCUGACCGUGGCAAAGAAGAAGCAGAAAAGGUAGCCAAAAGUUGCGCUGUUAAAAAGGACUCACCUGAAGAAACAGCACAUGAAGCCCUGUUGUGUAUGCAACAGAAAUCACAAAAGUAG